UUGUACAACAAACAAAAUCAUAUGUAUUAAAGUUGUACAUGUAAGAUGCUUGUUGUACCGUUUACCGUCCCUUCCACUGACCCACCCACUGACCCUUCCAUUAUCUGCUAUUGCUAGUACCGAGUACCUGUGUGUGUACUAGCCAGUGUGUGUACUACCAGUGUUCAUAUCACUCUCUCCUCACAUGUACCCUCUGUGGACUGUUACUCAACAACAGACUGUGAGUUUAUUGCAUGUACAUAUAAUGGCGUACUAGGCUGACUUGUAUACAUGUACUACUGCAUGAAGGCAGAAAGAAUAACUUGCGUGACUUUAUUUAGGAUUAGUACGUACUGAAAGUUUCAUGCUGUACAGACGUGUACUUGAAAUAAUUGAUGUAUACAUGUGUGAAUGCAUUCAUAUACUAUAUAGCGCGAAAUUUUUGAGGCACUUAUAUUUCGUGAAAUGGCCUCUAAACGCAUUUCGUUGCACAAUGUUCGCGGAAUAUCUGCUUACCGGAAGCCACGCCUUUAAAUCUUUGCACGUUAUAGCAGAUAAUUCUAAUUAAAGAACAAUUUUCGUGGACUUAGUACGUACUGAAAGUUUCAUGCUGUACAGACGUGUACUUGCAAUAAUUGAUGUAUACAUGUGUGAAUGCAUUCGUGUAUUUGAACAUGUUCAUUUCUCUACAUGUCCGUGUCCUACUGCUUGUUAAUGUGACUACUGCUAAUGAUUACUGGAACAACAGAGUGUAAGUUACAGUAUGCAGACAUGUAUGAAUGCACUCACUGCUCCUACCAUCAUCCCCCUCUCUCUGUUUCCAUGUGUGUCUUACGCUGGUGUCUCAUUGGACUAAACAGAAGGUGAGCGGGACACUGCACUGACUUGUGACUGUACUUGUGUCAGUAAUGUUUGAGUUGCAUGAGUACAUGUGUAUUGGCAUUCAUAGUGUACAGGUUUGUGAUUAUAUUCUUUUCUCUCUCCCUACAUUUCCAUGGUUACUGAAUAUCUGGAACAAUAGAAAUAUAAGGCUGGGCAUGAGAGUGAACUGAAGCGUCAUGAGACGAGAAGAGCUGCCCUCCAACAGAGACUGUCUGGUGACAUCACUGACCAGGACCGGAGACAACUGCAGGGAGAGCUGAAGGAGAUGGAGGGGGAGAUCAAGAAGUGUGUCUCAAAGAUACAAGUGUGUGAGGGGAGGAUACAAUACUAUGAGAAUGAGAUUGCUAAGACACGACUAAGACCAGAGGAGAGGCAGAGAAAGGAAGAAUCGAAGCGAUUGUUUGAUGAGGCGAUGAAGCACGGACACGUCUUGGUCAACAUUGUCAACAUGCUCGUGUUUGGACCGGCGGGAACAGGGAAGACCAACCUCAAGCACCUGCUAACUGACAAGCCCCCUCCACUACAGCGACACAGCACUCCUUGUAUGGAAAAGCCAGUACGCAUUCGAUCCGUGUCCAACACGAAAUUCAAAACAACUGGAAGAGGCUGGGAAGAGAUGUCUCAGCCAAAGCUGCGCAAGCUACUUGCUCAAAUUAUCGCCAAGUUACCAAAAGAAAGCACUGAUCCAUCCACCGUAUCAAGGGUUGCCAAGAGCUUGAAGAAGAUGACCACAACCAAGCUAUUUUCUGACCACUUUUCUGAUUCCAUUUCGAGCCCAUCGAGGAACGAUUCCGAUGAACUUUCUGGCUCUACAAGAAAGUUGAAGAAAGCCGUUGAUAAAGUGAUAGCGAGUGUAGUGAGUGGUGUGGCAGAAGAGCUGAAGCCAGCCACACAGGGAACUGACCAACUGUCGAGCAGUGACCAGCAAGAAGGAGAACUGUUUGAUUCCAACUGGGUGUACGUUACCGACUGUGGCGGCCAGCCGCAAUUCCACGACAUCAGCCCUCUCUUCAUCAAGCACAUUUCGGUGGCGUUGAUAGUCCUGCGUUUGAUUGACGAACUCUCCAGUUUCCCUUCUGACGAGUACUACAAGGAUGGGCAGCUUGUUGGUAGUCCUCAUGCAUCUCACAUGACCCUCGGGGAGACACUUCAGAGUCUCAUUCGAUCCAUUGAGUCCCAUACCUCACAAGACAAGAAGCCGAAGAUGAUAUUUGUGGGCACAUUCUUAGAUCAGCUGAAGAGCUCGGAUACACUUAUCAAGAGGAAUCAAGAGAUUCUCGACAUGCUGCCACCCGAUAUCAAGAAGCUAUUGGUGUACGAAAAUCUUGGAAUGAACAAUCUGAUUUUUGGUCUCAACACAAUCAGCCGAGAAGAAGAUUCACUGGCCACUGCCAAUAGGAUUAGAAUUGCUAUUGAGCGCUCUAUUCCGUUGAAAGUCAAAAUGCCCAUCUGGUGGUCCUUCUUGGAUUCACUUCUCCAGAGUUUAUCUGCCAGUCUCGAGCGAGGUGUACUAGGCAUUGAAGAAUGUCUCCAAUUAGCCACUCGAUUUGGUUAUGUGCUCAAAGAUCUUGAAGCUGCUCUGGUCUUCUUUGACAGCGUGUGUAUAGCGCACUACUAUCCCUCCAUUCUCCCCAACACAGUGUUUGUGGAUGCCCAGAUUCCACUAGACAAGAUCACCGAGCUCUCACAGCACGCCAUCUCCCUGAGGGAUCCUGAAGUUAAAUCAAACACAGGAGGGACAGAUGCCGAAUGGAAGAGAUUUAGAGACGAGGGCAUAAUCACUGUAAAGUUCCUACAAUUCUUCGAGAAGCAUUACAUUAAAGGCAUCUUUUCUCCAGAAGAUAUGCUGUUGAUCAUGAAAAAGCUUCUCGUGAUUGCUCCCAUUCCACUAGUGGAAGCCACUCCCUACCAAGCCGAGUUCUUCAUGCCAUCUCUACUCACAUCGAUCCCACCUGCUGAGCUAGACAAAGUUCGUUCCUCCUUCACAACAUCACCCCUCGCUGUCUACUUUCGUAGUGGGUGUAUUCGCUCUGGAGUGUUUUGCUGUCUAGUUGUGGACGUAAUCAAGAGGGUGGGCUGGCAAGUUUUGCUGCCUUCAGGGAAACCAAUCUGUUUUGCUAAAAAUUGUAUCCAGCUAAGAAUUCCCAAGCACCCGUGUACCGUGGCUCUGAUCGACUCAUUCUCGUAUAUCGAAGUAUACAUUGACGUCCCUUUUCCUCUGCGCAAAAAACUUUGUCUUUCCAUUCGCAAUGAAAUUUUGAACAGCAUUAAAUCGUCGUGUGACAUGUUACAUUACAACAACGACACACCCGAGACAGGCAUCUUUUGCCCAUGCAAGAAGAGCACUGGAAGCAUACGCAAAUUGCACCUUGCUGAUGUCAGCGAACAGAAAGACUAUUGGAUAUGCUCCCAGGAAGCACGUGUGUGGGGAGAGCUCACUGAUGAAGGUAGAAUCUGGCUGGACCAUAGCGAAGGUUCUGGUGAAUCAUCCUCUGCUACGAGAGGCACUUGUACGAAGACUGAGAGAAAUAGUGAUCAGCAGCAAAACUCCGUCCAUCAAUGUGGGACUCUGGCCAAUGUUGUUAGUAGCACUGGAUCUGGAAUGAGUGAUCAACAGCCUUGUUUGAGUAAUUCUGUAAUGGAAGAUGUGUGCUUGAAGACGGAAGUACAUGUGCAUGUUCAUGAUCAGCGAAAUACUUCUGACAAAUCGUCUCCUGUGUUCGAUAUAAUGAGUGAUCAACAUACCAGUGAAUUGUCCUCUGUUACAGUAAUGGAAGAUGUGUGUAAGAAGACUGGAGUGAGGGACCAACAACUAGAUCAAGAAAUCCCUGAGAAUGACAUCACUCGAUUUGCGGAGAAAUUUCCUCAACUGCUGAGCGUGCACAAGGCUUUGACAAUUAACGAUCUACAACAUGUCUACGUGACUCUACAUGAAAGUGCCCCUUACUGGUUGAAUCUGGGAUUGGCUCUAGGUCUAACUCAUCCUGUUCUCAACAACAUCGAUACUGGCAAGCAUCGUGGCGAUAAUCUGUCUUGCUUGCGUGAAAUGCUGGUUAAGCUCCUGAGUACACAAGAUGUAACAUGGAGUCUCUUGUCAGACGCUCUCAAAAAUCCCACAGUGAAACUCGUCAAUUUAGCAGAUAGCAUCACAGUCAAUCAAUCCACAACUCCUAACCUGCUCGAUCGACUCAGCCUCCCCCCAGCCUCCCUCGGUGAAUUAACUGAUGUCACACGUCGUUAUGGCAAUCAAGCUGGAGUGGCUCAUGCAUUGAGAGCGUGGCGAAGAGUGAAUCCUUCCAGAGCUACCUUCAGGGCCUUGGUGGAAGUUGCCAUAGGACUGAGAAGAGGAGACACUGCUACAGACAUUUGUACAUUCAUUGUAAAGGAACUGAACAAAAAUUAAUUCGUUUUUAUAUUGAAUUGAUAUUUCUAUUUUGUGGUGUACUGUAACAUGUGCUAUUAAAUGCUUUUUCAUAACAUUGAUUGUUGAUCUGUGAAAA